AUUUCUACGGAGUUUAAACUGAAAUGGCAUUCAAUCUGUUGAGAACUAUAUGCGAAUUUCGCAAUCGACCACGUUGUCCAAGUUCGGACCGAUCAUAGGGGUCAUGCCUAGUUCAUUGACCCUGCUUGUCACUCACUAAGCGCGGCGGCGAGAGGAAGGUGUAGACACCAUUUGGUCUGGCAUUUACGGAGACUUUAAAAUUUCACGAGAACCGAUCCAGAAUGAAGCUCUACUGGUGUUUGGCGUUUGGUGUCUUGUUUGCGUAUUAUACUUACUGCCCAAUGCCUGAUGGGCUUGCAGAACCAAUGAAAUUGAGAAUAGUAUUUGCUUCCAGACAAAUUAUAAAGCUGGUGGGUAUUGGUGCAGUGCUGUCUGGUUACACCGACAGAAUCAGUUUUUCAAGAUCAGUAAUAGAAUUUGAGCAAGGACUUCUCAGUUUGAGUUGUAGCGAUGAACCAAACAUUACAUUCCAAGAUGAAAUAUUUGAUGGUGUUCGGGUGCGUGUUUAUCAACCUGUUGAGAAAUCAGACAAACCCAUUGCUGGGAUGGUGUAUGUACAUGGUGGUGGCUGGGUAGUUGGUAGUGUAGAUUCAUAUCAUUAUCAGACCAAUUACAUAGCGGCAAGGCUUGGUAUUGUACUCGUAUCUGUUGACUACCGACUCGCUCCAGAGCAUCCAUUCCCGGUCCCAUUGCAAGAUGUGGUCAAGGCAACUAUAUGGUUUCUCCAGAAUGCCAAAGACUACAACGUUGAUCCUGAACGAAUUGCUGUGGUUGGCGACAGCGCCGGAGGGAAUCUGGCCGCAGCAACGGCAUCGCUGUUAACUUUCCAGGAAAAAUACAAACAAAUGAAUUUGCCAAAACUGAAAUUCCAGGGUCUGAUUUAUCCAUGCCUACAGAGUCUAGACUUUCUCACUCCUUCCUAUCAACAAAAUAAAAACCUUUUCAUCUUGAAUCAGCAUUUGAUGGUUGAAUUUUGGUCGUGGUAUCUAACUGGUCAUUUAAAGUACGUUGCGGCAAUGAAAGUCAACAACCACACUUCACCGCAAGUUAAGGAUAAUGAGCGCAAGAUCAUGGGACACGACCAAAUACCGACAGAACUCAAAAAACGUGAUUAUAUACCUCCAACUGAUUUUAACUUUGGUAAUAUUGGUAUCUUCACUUCAAUUCAAAAUCAUCUUUUAAAUCCGUCCUUUGCACCACUCAUGAGAUCCAUAGUUACCGGAUUGCCAUCGGCAUAUAUCGUUACAGCGGAAUUUGAUGUAUUACGAGAUGAUGGUAUUUUUUAUGUCAAGAAACUAGAAGAUGCUAACGUGCCAGUAACAUGGAAGCACUACGAACAUGGAUAUCAUGGAAUAUUUAGUGUCUUCAAAGGACCAAUUGCGUCUGAAGUCGGUAGACAAUCAAUGGAUGACUUUUUACGGUUCUGUCGUGAAAAUUUGUAAUAAUAAUGUAAUUUAGAAACUCUUAUUCAAAUCAAUGUUUUGUGCAUUUUCACCAAAUCUUUCAAAUGAUACUUGAAUAAUUUGUUUUUACGACUUACAUAUCAUCCCAAAUUUGAAGAUUGAAAUGUUUUGCUGUAUAUUUUGAGUUCUGCGUCUGUACCUAUACAAUCAAAGCAAUUAUGCAUUUGACAUUCCCAUUAUUUUGCAAGGGUAUUUUUCGAUUUGAUCACAAUAUGGUCAAGUUAGCAGUCAGAACACAUGACAAUAACUUUGUGUUUGAAACUAUGGUAACAAGUUGUAAAAUACAGCCAUGGUUAAAUUAACAAUUUUAGAUUCAAAAGACGAAAAUUCUUCCAAAAGAAAGCAGGUUCUUGCCCACUCUGAAUAAUUUAGGUAAAGGUGUGUUACUACACUACAGCAUGGCUCAUUGACUGAAAAUUGAAGAGUGUUGUGAUUUAUAUACAAUAUAAAUCUUGACUUUAAUUGGAUUAUGUUAAAUUUUCUAUUCGGCCAAUAGUGAAAUUACCUCCACAAUAUUAUGAUAUGCAAUAUACAACAGUAGUUUCAUACAUGUAAAUAGUGGAAACAUCUGUAUGGUAAAAGUAUUACACAAAGCUGCAUUGUGUAUGUCUGUUUUGUUUCAAAUAACACUCGAGAAGAACUUGACCAAUCACUAAUCCUGAAUGGAUGAAUACAGAUCACGUUGAUUUCCAUAAAACAAGUGUGGCUUUGACACAUCCAGUUUCCUGCUACUUGAAUAUUAAAUUUGUUUACAAUUUAAAAUAUUUCCGAUCAGGCACAAGAUAUAAUACGCUGCUUUGUAAAGUUUAUUAAAAUUUACUGUAUUUGAGAGUUUGGGUUGAGAGAGGUGGCAUUUAGUUCUCACCUGUAAAUGGUUGCACUGUUUAUACAGAUGACCAAGCA